GGGGUAGGGCCUGUCAGGAGCGGAAGUGCCGUGUGGCGCGCGGGGUCUGAUCCGGGCGGUGGUCGGCGGGCUUCGGUCCUUUGGCCCCGGGGUGCGCGUGGCGUGUCGAGUGGGUGUCGGGUGCCUGCCCUGGCCUCGCGGUCAUGAACCUGGAGCCGCUGCGGAAGCGUGUCCGGCAGUACUUGGACCAGCAACAGUAUCAGAGUGCUCUGUUUUGGGCAGACAAAGUAGCCUCACUCUCUCAUGAGGAACCCCAGGAUGUGUAUUGGUUGGCUCAGUGUCUUUACCUCACAGCCCAGUAUCACAGAGCCGCCCAUGCACUGCGGUCACGCAAACUGGACAAAUUGUAUGAAGCAUGCCGAUACCUUGCAGCUAGGUGCCACUAUGCUGCAAAAGAGCACCAGCAGGCUCUUGACAUUCUUGACAUGGAGGAACCGAUUAACAGAAGGCUCUUUGAAAAAUACAUGAAGGAUGAAAGUGGCUCGAAGGACCCUUCCAGUGACUGGGAAAUGUCACAGUCCUCGAUCAAGAGUUCAAUUUGUCUUCUACGUGGGAAAAUCUAUGAUGCUUUGGAUAAUCGCACUCUGGCCACCUACAGCUACAAAGAGGCUUUGAAACUUGAUGUCUACUGUUUUGAAGCAUUUGAUCUUUUAACAUCACACCACAUGUUGACAGCACAAGAAGAAAAAGAACUUCUUGACUCACUGCCCCUUAGUAAGCUCGGUGCUGAAGAACAAGAAUUGCUACGAUUUGUAUUUGAGAACAAAUUAAAAAAGUAUAAUAAGCCCAGUGAAACUGUCAUUCCCGGGCCAGUAGAUGGCUUGCAAGAGAAUCUGGAUGUGGUGGUGUCUUUAGCUGAGAGACAUUAUUAUAACUGUGAUUUUAAGAUGUGCUACAAGCUUACUUCUGCAGUGAUGGAAAAGGACCCUUUCCAUGCCAGCUGUUUACCUGUGCACAUAGGAACUCUCGUGGAGCUGAAUAAAGCAAAUGAACUGUUCUAUCUUUCUCACAAACUGGUGGACUUGUAUCCAGGUAAUCCUGUGUCUUGGUUUGCGGUGGGAUGUUACUAUCUCAUGGUUGGUCAUAAAAAUGAGCAUGCCAGAAGAUAUCUCAGCAAAGCUACCACACUGGAGAAGACCUAUGGGCCUGCUUGGAUAGCCUAUGGGCAUUCCUUUGCUGUGGAGAGUGAGCAUGACCAAGCGAUGGCUGCUUAUUUCACAGCAGCCCAGCUGAUGAAAGGGUGUCACUUGCCAAUGCUGUAUAUUGGACUAGAAUAUGGUUUGACCAAUAACUCUAAACUGGCUGAACGAUUCUUUGGCCAAGCUCUGAGCAUUGCCCCAGAAGAUCCCUUUGUCAUCCAUGAGGUUGGAGUGGUUGCCUUCCAGAAUGGAGAAUGGAAAACAGCAGAAAAGUGGUUUCUUGAUGCUCUGGAAAAAAUUAAAGCCAUUGGGAAUGAGGUAACAGUUGACAAAUGGGAACCUUUGUUGAACAACUUGGGGCAUGUCUGCAGAAAACUCAAAAAAUAUGAUGAGGCUUUGGAUUACCACAGGCAGGCACUGGUGCUAAUCCCUCAGAAUGCGUCCACCUAUUCUGCUAUAGGAUACAUUCACAGUCUGAUGGGCAACUUCGAAAACGCCGUGGACUAUUUCCACACAGCUCUUGGUCUGAGGAGAGAUGACACAUUUUCUGUUACUAUGCUGGGACAUUGCAUUGAAAUGUACAUUGGCGAUUCUGAAGCUUAUAUUGGAGCAGACAUUAAAGACAAAUUAAAAUGUUAUGACUUUGAUGUGCAUACAAUGAAGACACUAAAAAACAUCAUCUCACCUCCGUGGGAUUUCAGGGACUUUGAAGUAGAAAAGCCAAACACAGAGGAAGCAGGGCUCGCACCUCUGGAAAACUCCACUAAAACUCCAGACUCCAGACCUCCCUUGGAAGAAACUUUUGAAAUUGAAAUGAAUGAAAGUGACAUGAUGUUAGAGACAUCUAUGUCAGACCACAGCACUUAACUUGAGACAGUGGUCCAGGACCCACCCCACCCCAUCCCGCCCGCCCCUGUGCACUAGUGUAGGUCAGUAUUCCCUUGCAUCCUUGCUAGUCUUAAGAAUUCCCCACUUCCUAAUGUGAGUCCAAACUACAUCUCUAUAUUGAGGACCAGUGGCCUGAAUUAAGAGAUGGGAUAGCACACCUUGGCGGCAUUUAUAUUCUGAUCUUCUGAUUCUACAUAGUAGUUAUAUAUAGUUGAAUAAAGAUGGCAAACUGUUCAUUGUGUCUUUCUUUUUCAAUAAAGACUUUGAAAUAAUUUUUGAGAAAUGUUCCCAAGAUGUAGAAUGUAUCAGCUACCUUUCUGUUGCUGUAAUAAAAUUCUAUGAUCAAGACAA